AUGGCCAAAAUGCUAACAAGCUUUUUAGUAGAGAAGGUCAUUUCUUUUGCUGGAUGUGCAGCCCAGAUGUAUUCCUUUAUAGCUCUGGAAACUACUGAAUGUUUCCUUCUGGCAGCAGUGUUCUACAACCGCUUCGUGGCCAUCUGUAAUCCGUUAAUAUAUCUAAUUAUUAUGUCCUCAAAAGCGUAUGUCCUCUUGGUCAUUGGUUCCUACAUAGGUGGCUUUCUUCACCCAGCCCUACAUACAGAUUGCACUUUUUCAUUAUCGUUUUCUGGCUAUAAUGAAAUCAACCAUUUCUACUGCGACAUCACCCCUCUGUUUUACCUCUCUUGUUUGAAUACCUCCCUUACCAAACUGCUGCUUUUAAACUUUGUCUUUUUCAUUGAAAUCAUCAUGGUGAUGGCCAUCCUGACCAUCAACUCUACCAGAGGCAAGUGCCAGGCUUCCUCCACAUGUGCAGGCCAUUUGGCUGCUGUGAGCAUAUACCAUGGGACAAUACUCUUCAUGUACCUAAGGCCCAGCUCCAGUUACUCUUUGGAAAUAGAUAAAGUGAUCACUGUCUUCUAUACAGUAAUGAUCCCAAUGAUGAACCCUCUGAUCUACAGCCUGAGGAACCAGGAUGUGCACCCUGUUUUGAGAAAAAUUUCAUCGAGGAAUUUAUAUUUACAGUUAAAUUUUGUCAAUUAG